AUGAAGUUUGCCGCUGCCAUCCUUCCGCUCAUUACUGUGGCCUCUGCCACGUCGUGCAUUCAUGGCACCUCGCUCAUGCCUCGCGCCGCUGAUGGCACUGUCGAGGUCAAUUCCUUCAACUACACCAAUACCGGUGGCCCUCUGACCUGGUAUGGCCUGGACUCCGAGAACAGUGCUUGUUCCAAGGGUUCCCGCCAGUCGCCCAUUGACAUUGUCACCGAGUCCUCCGGUUACGUCAAGUCGGGUUCUGUCAAGUUCAGUGUCCCCAACGCGGACAAUGUCAAGUUCGAAAACUUGGGCUCCGGCCUUGAGGUUGUCCUGACCAAUGGCACCCUGAUCACUCCGCACGACUCAUACAAGCUGGCUCAAUUUCACUUCCACACCCCUAGCGAGCACAGAGUGAACGAGGAACACUUCCCCAUGGAGGCUCACUUUGUGUUCGAGAACACGGCCGGUGAUGUUGCCGUUGUCGGCUUCCUCUUCGAGCUCUCUCAGUUCGGUUACUCGUUCCCUCUGUUCGACUCUGUCUUCGCUCACAUCGAUGAUAUUGCCGCUCCUGGCACCUAUACCCACACCGACAAGCUGAGCUUCGCCGGUCUGAUGAACCACUUCGACGCCCACGGUGUCUACUACUACUCUGGCUCCCUCACCACUCCUCCCUGCACUGAGGGUGUUGCCUGGUACAUCUCCACUGAGCCGCUUCCUCUCAACGUCCAGAGCUACAACGCUGUCAAGAAGGUGCUCAAGUUCAACGCUCGCUAUACCCAGAACGCCCUUGGCCAGCCUAACCUGCUUGAGCUUGCUGCUCACUCUCUGAACAACUAA